AGCCCCCGAGGUCGUGACAUCAGCAGCAGCCAAGAAACAAAAAGCAUAAGGAGGCAUCAAACCGCCUCAAUCAAUUUACAGCAAGAAGACAACACACACACGCGCGUAGAAGGAGGCUGGAAAAUUGUGUGUGCACUCGAGAGAAACUCGAGAGUAAAGUGUCUUCUGUUACCCAUCCCGAACUGCUUCGCCAUUCAGGAACAGACUAAAGAGAAACGAGAAGGGGGAAAGAAGUAUCUGGGGGGAAAAGUCGAAAUUUAAUGCCUUGGACCUGUUGUAUCACACACCAGUCUGAAGCGGCCAAGUGCCCAUCUCUCCGUCUAGGGAUGCAAAGCGCCCAGUUUUUAAUUUGAAAGGAAGAAAACUUAUUUUUCUAUAUAGAUACAUGAUUCAUCUUUACCUACUCACACAAAGGACAAGACAACUUGUUGAUUGCCGUGUGUGCAAGCAAAGGGGGAAAUUUUUUAAGAAAAGGAAAACCACCAGCUUGGUUUGACUGGGACUGCCUGCUGACUAACCAUCUGCUGAAAGUAUGCUUCAGAGGCGGGCUGGACUUUGGAGAUUUUCUAUUUUCUGCUUAACAGCUGUAAGAGAAGCAAGUUUGGAGUAACACCAAGUGAUGCGGAAAAAAAACACACCGAGAGCAGAAAACUCUCCUGCAGACGCCAGCCUUGCCGCCGCUGUUGCCUCUGCCGCUGCCACCCCAACUCAGACUAACCUUCCAGGACUCCCCUACAGGUACAAGCCAGGCAAUCGCAGCCCACCCUCCGCCGCAGGGAUCCACCUCUGGGCACCUUUUUCUCAGAAUGUGUUCCCAAAACGAUGGGCGGCAGAGGAGCUAGAGAAGGGUCCGAGAGACACAACCCCCUUCUUUUAUCCGUCCCGGAGGAGAAGGCAGCCAGCGGGUGGUUUUUCCUAAGGACGACUUCAGAACUUUUUUUUCCCCUUCUCCCCCCUCCUCCCCCUCCUUCUCGCUGUUGUUAUGUGUCAGCACUUGGCUGAGGACUUCUUGAACUUGCAGAGAAAAUAACUACCCCCAAACCCCCUUCAAAACUGGUGGCUUUUCAACCGCGGGGAAAAUUUAUUUUCCUUUUAACCUCACCCCCUCCCGGACCCCCAGCUUCUCUUCCUGGAGACUCCAAUCAUCUCUGCUGCCACCCGGGAAAGGGGGGGCCGCCUCGGCAGGCACCAGGGAGGAGGAACGGAUACAAAAAUCACAGCUUCAAUCUCCACCGCCAGAGAUUUUUCCAUGUGGAGGCUGUUUCAAUGGACGUGCCCCCGUGUGCUUCUUAGUCAAUCGGCAGUCUCCUAAAGGUUGACCAUGGUUGCCGGGAUCCGCUCACUUCUAGCGCUGCUGCUUUACCAAGUCUUGCUGGGUAGUUCGGCCGGCCUCAUCCCGGAGGUGGGCCGGAGGAAGUUCGCUGAAUCCAGCCGCUCCACGCCGCAGCAGUCAGAAGAAAUCUUGAGCGAAUUUGAGCUGCGGCUGCUCAGUAUGUUCGGGCUGAAGCAGAGACCGAGCCCCAGCAAAAACGCGGUCAUCCCCCCCUACAUGCUGGAUCUCUACCGCCUGCAUUCGGGCCAGCUUGGGGAUCCCACCAUGGACUACCAGCUGGAGAGAGCAACCAGCCGGGCUAAUACUGUCAGAAGCUUCCACCAUGAAGAAUCUUUGGAAAAGCUGCCAGAAACAAAUGGGAAAACAGUCCGGCGUUUCUUCUUUAAUUUAACUUCCAUCCCCAAUGAGGAGUCUAUCACCUCAGCUGAACUUAAGGUUUUUCGGGAGCAGGUGCAGGAAGCUUUUAAAAAUAACAGUAAUCACCAUCAUCGUAUUAAUAUUUAUGAAAUUAUAAAACCAGCAACAUCCAUCUCUGAAUACCCCAUCACAAGACUGUUGGACACAAGGUUGGUAAAUCAUAAUGCGAGCAAAUGGGAAAACUUUGAUGUCACACCCGCUGUGAUGAGGUGGAUCGCACAAGGACAGGCAAAUCACGGGUUUGUGGUAGAAGUGGUUCACUUGGAUGAUGACAGAGCGGUCUCCAAGAGACAUGUAAGGAUUAGUAGGUCUUUGCAUCAGGACGAUCACAGCUGGUCACAGAUAAGACCAUUACUAGUAACUUUUGGCCAUGAUGGCAAAGGACAUCCUCUCCACAAAAGAGAAAAGCGUCAAGCAAAACACAAACAGCGGAAACGCCUCAAGUCCAGCUGCAAGCGACAUCCUUUAUAUGUAGACUUCAGUGAUGUGGGGUGGAAUGACUGGAUUGUUGCCCCACCGGGGUAUCAUGCCUUUUACUGCCAUGGGGAAUGCCCCUUUCCAUUGGCUGAUCACCUGAACUCAACAAACCAUGCCAUUGUUCAGACUUUGGUCAAUUCAGUUAACUCCAAAAUCCCCAAGGCAUGCUGUGUACCAACAGAACUCAGUGCUAUCUCCAUGCUCUACCUUGAUGAAAAUGAAAAAGUCGUGUUAAAGAAUUAUCAAGAUAUGGUUGUGGAGGGAUGUGGGUGUCGUUAGCACAGCAGAAUUUUUAAAAAUAUAUAUUAGACAAAAGCAAAAAAAAAAAAACACAAGUUGACACUUUAAUAUUUCCCAAUGAAGACUUUAUUUAUGUAAUGAAAUGAAAAAAAAAAACACAGCUAUUUUGAAAAUAUAUUUAUGUCUACAAAAAGUUGGGAAAACAAAUAUUUUAAUCAGAGAAUUAUUCCUUAAAGAUUUUAAAUGUAUUUUAGUUGUACAUUUUAUAUGGGUUCAACCCCAGCACAUGAAGUAUAAUGGUCAGAUUCUUAUUUUGUAUUUAUUUACUAUUAUAACCACUUUUUAGAAAAAUAGCUAAUUUGUAUUUAUAUAUAAUCAAAAGAAAUAUAGGGUUUGUACAUAAUUUUCCAAAAUUGUAGCUGUUUCAGUUGUGUGUAUUUAAGUUGAAAAGUAUACAUGGAAGGUUACUAUGGCAAAGUGCAUAGCACAUUUGCUUUUUGCAGUGCUACUGUUAAGGUCACAAGUUCAAGUCCAGAAAAAAAAAAGUGGAUAAUCCACUCUGCUGACUUUCAAGAUUAUUAUAUUGUACAAUUCUCAGGAAUGCUGCAGGGUGGGCUGUCCAAUCCAUGAGAACUGGCAUCUUCGUUAGGCGGAAUCUUUGGAUAAGAACCAGACAUUGCUGAUCUAAUAGAAAUACUGAAGUUCCCAACUAAUUUGCAGAGCGAUUACAGCAGGGCCAAUCGAAACCUUUAGUAAAAUGUUUGAACUUAUAGGAAAGUGAAUGAUGGCUCUUUAUUCUUCUUUCCUUAACUAGUAACCCCUUUAAAUAGCUGUCCUGGCCAAAGCAUUAAAUAAAAUAUAAGAGUUCUUCAUUACUAAUAUUGUGGUCACGUAUAUUUAAAACUGAUAUUUGCUGGCCCUUGUCUUAACAGAUGGGAAUGAGUUUUUUUUUAAACCUCAAAUGGGAGCUUAUUAAACUAAAAUGAUCCCUGUCUUCAAAUUUUGCCCCGAGUAAAACAAAAUAUUGUCAUCCAUGGUUUCUGUCUACCCCAGUGCUGUCUGUCAAAUUCACUUGCUUUUCUUUCUAAGGUUCUGUGUUUGAACGCAUUUUCCAAAUGUUAAACCUAUUUCAGAUAAUAAAUAUUGGAACUCUGA